AUAAAGAGGCAAGCUUUGUACAAAGCUUUUCCACGGAGGUAACAAUGAUCAGGCGAUGCCCCCAACAGAAGGCAUUUCUUUCAGGAGCCAUUUGCCUCAUUCUUCUGGCGCACUUGGCGGUUCUAAUCCAUGCCGACAUGCAGCCUUCUUAUGUCCCGACUGAGAAAAUUAAGUUGGACUGCGACCCGUCAUCAGAGUCCUCACCGUCUGAUGACCGGGAGACGAAUCUUGACCUUUCCCGGAAAGUUCUCAAAGCGCCCUCGGUAAAUCUUGGUUCAGGUGUCUCCCCCCCAGCACAUGCCUGUAUUUUCCACACGCAGAUCACUCACCAAUUCCCCAUCACUCCUGGCCCGAAGUUUAUCCGGCUCCAUUUUUAUCCCACCUCCUACCAAGGUUUAAGCAUAUCAGAUGCAAUAUUCUCCAUCAGCAUUGAGCACUACACUCUGCUACGUACUACUCCGGCCUCUUAUUCUGCAGACCGUUUCAGCGGUGGAUAUAUUGUACGAGAAUACAUCAUAGAUGUCGAUGGGGAAAUGCUGAAUUUGACGUUCACCCCAUCGAACAUCUCAUCUGACUCUUACGCGUUUGUGAACAUGAUCGAAGUUCUUUCCAUGCCUCAGAAUCUUUACAUCCGGGACGAACUCCAGUUUCCUCCUUUCACCAUCAGCAGGAAUUCUUCUCAAACCGAUGAUCACUUCAAGGUGCUUGAGACAGCAUACAGGAUAAAUGUUGGUGGGCCCUCCCUUCCUCCAGACGGUGACACUGGCAUGCUCCGCCAGUGGGUUGCAGACGAUGACUACGUCACUUCUCCCAAGCUCUACUCGACCACAUUCCAGUCCACGGUCGAGGUGAAUUAUAGCAAAGCAGUGCCAGCAUACACUGCUCCUGGGGAAGUUUACCUCUCAGCGAGAAUUCCAAACCUGGAAUAUGAUGUUACGAGAGAAGAAAUAAUAACCUGGAUGUUCUGGGUGGAUUCGGGUUUCCACUACCACAUCAGACUCCAUUUCUGCGAGAUCAGAGAAACAGGGGAGGCCUCUGAAAGGGUUUUCGGGGUCCACAUAAAUAGUACUGGCCGAUCUGCAGAAGGUCAUGUCGAUGUGAUCAACUUAACUGGACAACCCGUCGGUGCACCUAUUUACAAGGAUUAUAUGGUAAACUUCUCCAGUCCUGAUUACACAACCCUGGAGGGUCUACAAAUCUCCAUAAUUUCCAGCUCUGUGGCAUCAGGAAUCUGCAGCCAGGGAAUCCUGAAUGGAUUGGAGAUUUUCAAAAUGGCAGACUCCAGUGGUAAUUUGGCAGGGCAAUAUCCCUUUGGAGCUGCAAGUUCCGAUAAUCCACGGCGUGAUCAUACAAGACUUAUGUUGGUCCUCAUGGUUGCCAUGGUGUAUGUUCCUUCAUUAUGGUUUGUGUGUCUCUUAUUCUGGGAAGUAGUGCAGAGAUACUGGCCCUUUUGGUCUCGAGGCGGGAAGAGGAUUUCCGAGUGUAAAAACCAAUCCUUGGAACACGCUCAACGCUUCUCCCUGGAAAUGAUUAAGUUAGCAACAAACAAUUUCUCAGAAGAUCUUCUCAUUGGCGUAGGAGGCUUUGGGAAGGUCUACAAGGGAUCAUUGGAUGACGGCAUCACCACUGUGGCUAUCAAGCGGGCGAGUGCCGGGUCAGGAGGAGGACUUCAAGAGUUUCAAACCGAGAUCUCUUUGCUUUCCAAGCUCCGCCACCGCCAUCUGGUGUCUCUCCUCGGGUACUGCAUGGAGGACAAAGAAAUGAUACUCAUCUAUAAUUUCAUGGAGCGGGGCACCCUAAGGGAGAACCUCUACCGGACUUCAAAGGGUCCGAAGAAUCCUCCACUUUCGUGGAAGCAGAGACUCGAGAUCUGCAUCGGAGCUGCCCGGGGCCUUCACUACCUUCAUACUGGGAUAAAGCCGCCGGUGAUCCACCGGGAUGUGAAGAGCAGCAACAUACUGUUGGACCACAACUGGGAGGCAAAGUUAUCGGAUUUUGGGUUAUCAAAAACCGGGCCUAACACGAUGAUGUGCAAUUCCAGCAAGCACGUCAAUACUGCAGUGAGGGGUACUUUUGGGUAUGUAGAUCCUGAGUACUUACGCCGCAUGGCACUAACAGAGAAGUCGGACGUGUACUCAUAUGGGGUGGUUUUGUUCGAGGUCCUGUGCGCCAGGCCUGCUAUAAUAUCUGUUGGAGGAGAUGAGGAUGAUCAGAUAACAAGUCUUGCUGAGUGGGUCCUGGAACUUCAUCGACAGGGCAAUCUCGAGGAUGCUAUCGAUCCCCACCUCCAUGGAGAGAUUGAUCCGAGCAGCCUCCUUACAUUCAUAGAUAUUGCAAAGAAGUGCUUAGAAGAAAAGGCGAAAGAUCGGCCGUCGAGUGGAGAUGUGUUGAGCAGCCUGGAACUCGCCUGGCAGCAGCAAUGCAUCACUGAUUCCAAAAGGAUCCAAGGCAUGGAAGAGGGGAUUUCAGCAGGCAAACCCGAGAUUUUAAUCGAUCAUCAACCUUCUCCCGGCCCUAGAAACUCGGAUCAGGAUCUCGGGGUAGAGUUUUCAGAAAUCAUUUGUCCACUCGCCCGUUGAGAAGUCUGCAGUGGAUUAGUCAAUAAAAUUCAUCUCCACUGAUAAAGACCUGCAGGAAAGCAACACAAGGCCAAGAUAAAGGGGGGAAAAAUCCAGCCAGCGUUACUUGAGGAAUAAAGCGCCUCAUCAAAGCAGUACAGGAAACUCCUUUCGAGUUCAUCUGUUUAUUUUGAUAUCAGAAUUUUCUUGUAGAAGGAAAUUCAUGAUCGAAGUGUAAGAUACAUGAAAUGGCUCUGAUUCUUAAGAUAAAAUGACAGCAACAGCAAGCCAUAUACGCGA